AUGGCCACAUGCCCUCCCACUGUUUCUUUGGAUGUCCUUCCAAAAGAAAUACUCAUCUUGAUACUUGCCGAACUACCCGACGUCAGGGCUCUGUAUCAACUCAUUCGGGCUUCGCCUGCCGCUUGCCGCCUCUACACAGCAGUCGGCGCCGAGGUACUGGAGAGAGUCCUUGCCCGGUCUGUGCCUGCGCAGAUCCAUCAACUCAUCCGGCUCGUGGGGGUCAUACGCACGUCAACACUGAGCAGUCCAAUAGCGCCUUCCUUCCAAGCUUUCCUGGGCCAGUACAUCCGUCCUGCAGCGGAUGACAAGGAGUAUUUCCCGUUGUCUCCGCCUCUCAGCCAGAUAUGCAGCGGUGAGAAGGAGCUUGGGGCCGUCAGGAAAUUGCUCUUGAUCGUCCGGCGCAUAGCUUGCCUGACCUCGCUUUGCAUUGCCAGCUACCGCGAAAGAUGCCUCUCGAUAACGCCAUCUCACAAAACCGAGCGGGAAGGCUCGUCCUACGGGAUUGCAUCGAAGCCCUGGGAGGAACGUUCCGACGGCACGCCUUACCGGCCCCGAGACGUGGGCCCGCCAGCAUGGAUCGAAGAGCAACGUGUGGUGCGCGGGCUCUGGAGGCUUCAGGUGUUUCACGAGUUGAAAACAGCGUUAUCCGAAGAUGGCACUGGGUGGUCCGAACGAGACAAGCGGGAGGCCGCUGACAUGACACUUGAAGACCUCUUCAAUGGCUGGGGUCCACAGCUAGAGGAGGUCCUCACCGUGGUGGAUUUCGUGCGCGAAUACACAAUCAAACCAGAAGAACGCCUUGCCGUUCAAGGCUGCGACGUGAGGCUUCCGGACCCGCAAACAGACAACGGUUCGGCCCCUUCGUGGCCAGUAUUAUGCCAGGCGCCCCCGAUGGACGCCUGGCCGGGCUGGACCAGGCGGUUGAACGCGCCGCCGACGGCAUGGGCGUUUUUCGUCCAUCUCCGCACCAACCCGCGCUCUCCUAUACGCGGUGUCGAAUUCUGGCCGUUUCGGAAAUUGGGCCUCGCGAUAUGGGGGCGGGAAAAGCUGGCGAAGCUGGAGCUGACGAACCCGGCCGGAGUGGCUGGGAGCAAAGGGCCGUUGGGGAGCCGGGAAGACGUAGAGUUCACUUGGCGAAGUCUUCUUCCGAACGACUACCUGGUCCGUCUUGAACAAAGGUUGGAGGAAGAUUGGCAGGACUCUAGAGACGAGGAGUAG